AUGGACAGUUUUUUCCCUUCAGCUGUACUGAUGCUGAACUCUGCUUCUAAGCAAGAUGAAGCUGAACCUGAAGCUGUAGUGGAGGCUGAAGCUAACGCUGAACCUGAGGUUGAACCUGAAGCUGUAGUGGAGGCUGAAGCUGACGCUCAACCUGAUGCUGUAGUGGAGGCUGAAGCUGACGCUGAACCUGAUGCUGAGGUUGAAGCUGAAGCUGAAGCUGUUGUUGAGGCUGAAGCUGAAGCUGAACCUGAAGCUGAAGCUGUAGUUGAGGCUGAAGCUGAAGCUGAACCUGAAGCUGAACCUGAAGCUGAACCUGCAGCUGCUGCUGAAGAAAGAAAGCCGGAAGACAGUGAAACAGAGAACAGCACAUCUCUGGUAAACACCAACGAGACGGACGAGCCUGCUGAAAGCACCAGGAAAGGAGACGAGAAAAAGAAAAGGACCAGGAGAGGAACACGAGGCAGCGGCAGAAAGAUCAAUUACAGAAAGUUCCAGGACAACAAAGCAGAAACAGAGAAGCUGAAAGAGGUGGAUGAUGGAGCGGAGGCUGAAGCCAUCAGUGAACUGAUGAACGUCCUCCUGGAUGAGACGGAGGAAUCCAAUGGCCAGUCUCUGGCAGGAGAAAGUGGGGAGAUCGUGAUGAGUGCCGACGCUGAAGCUGAGGCUGAAGCCUUUAAUGAUUUCCUGACCGUCCUCCUGGAGGAGAUAAGCGACGAGAUCAACCUGCCUCUGGGGAUGCUGAAAGAGGUGGAUGAUGGGGCGGAGGCUGAAGCCAUCAACCAGCUCCUGAACGUCCUCCUGGAUCAGUCAGGGGAAAUGAUCGACCUGCCUCUGGGUAAGUAA